AUGGGUGCUACUGGUGCUGACGAUGUUGACACGGGUACCACUGCUGCUGCGAAUAUUGACACGGGUGCUACUGUUGCUGAGAAUGUUAACACGGGUGUUAGUGCAGCUGAGAAUGUUAACACGGGUGGAACUGCUGCUGGGAAUGUUAAGACGGGUGCUACUGCUCCUGACGAUGUUGACACGGGUGCUACUGUUUCUGAGAAGGUUGACACAGGAGCUACUGCUGCUGCGAAUGAUGACACGGGUGCUACUGCUGCUGAGAAUAUUGACACGAGUGCUACUACUGCUGAGAAUAUUGAUACGGGUGCUGCUGCUAAGAACGUUGCUAGAGGUGCAACUGAUGCUAAGAAUAAUGUGGACACGGCUGUUACUGAGAAUGUUGGCACGGGUGCUACUUAUGCUGAGAAUGUUGACACAGCUGCUAAUAAGAAAUGUUGA